CAUCUCUUCAAGUUCGUCGGCCGGUGAAGCGCGACUUCUGCCAAGUGAGAUUUACAAAGUAGAGCCCGUGUCCAGACCUUCGUAAAAUCUUGGUAUCGCAGAGAAUCAGAAAAACUUGGAACGCAUGGCGGAGGAGAACGAGAAUGAGAGCUAUAAGAAAUACGGGGACUUGUACCUGGCAGUGCGACGUGGGAAUUGGAACGCAGUACAAGAAUUUCUGGAGCGUGAACCCGAUGCAUUGACUGCAAAAAUAAACUGGAAAUACCAAACGCCGCUUUACGUAGCUGCGGCUGCAGGACAGGUGCAUGUAGCGAAGAAAUUGGUGGAGAAACUGCCGGAAGAAAAGUUGGAAAUGCAAGAUUAUUACGGGUACACAGCUAUUACAGAGACAGUGAUGCGUGGAAACCACGAGCUUACGGAGUGCAUACUUAACAAGAACAAGAAGUUGAUCAGCAUCACCAAUCACAUUGGAAAUUUGCCGCUUAUUCAGGCUAUUUACUAUGGCCAAUUAGAAAUGGCUCGCUAUUUGUAUGCUCUCACUCCGCUCGACGAUCUUUUGCCUGCGAAAGACUACAACGGUCCUAAUUUUUUCACUUACUGUAUCUAUACCGGAACUUUAGAUAUUGCUUUGGAUUUAAUGAAAAGGCACCCACCUUUGGGCCUUGCUCGAGACAAAUACGCGAUCACACCGCUGUUGGCAUUGGCGUCCAUGCCUGAUCUAUUCCCCAGUGGAAAUCUCGAUCGGCUCGUGUUUUGGAAACGAUGGAUCUACGAAUACUGUCGGUUACUACCAUGCACUACAAGUACUCUUUUCUGUCGCUUAAUUAAUUACUUAAAGAUUCUUAAUUGGCCCUUUCUUGCUGAAAGGUAUACAUAUUCCUCCGUUCAUAAGGUAGAAACCGAAAGCCAGAAAGCAAAAACUUUCAUAUCAGUGCCAGCUCUAUUGCGCCUUCUAGUUUCAAAUGUCCUAAACAUCUUGGGAAUCAAGCAUUUAUAUCAGAUGAAGUUGACCCAUGUCCAAGCCCAAGAACUUCUUAGUCUAAUGUGCUCAAGAAUAACUUGUUUAGACUACUACGAAAGGCGAGAUGGCUGCGUUGAAUAUGCCAUCAUCAAAGCUGUCGAGAAUGGGAUUUUUGAAGUUGCUUCUGAGAUGCUGAAGGCGGAUCCAGAUCUUGAGUGGACCUUUGAUGGACAGAAGAGAAACUUACUUAUGCUUGGUGUCUUGCAUCGUCAAGCCAAGAUCUGUAGCCUUCUAAUAGGGCUUGAUUUGAACAAGGCUCUGGCAUGUUAUGAAGAUAGGGAGACCAAUGGCAUUUUACAUAUGGCAGGAAUGUCAGGAGAAUCCCGUACUAUGCUUAAUCGCAUCCCAGGUGCAGCUUUGCAAAUGCAAAGAGAACUCCAGUGGUUUGAGGAGACGAAGAGAGUUUUCCAACCCAAGGUCAGGGAAGUCACUAACACGGAUGGUUUGACUCCCCGAGAAUUGUUUACGAAAGAGCACAAGGCCAUGUUGAAAGAGGGAGAGCAAUGGCUAAAGGACACUUCGACAUCUUCUACAGUUGUAGGUGCUCUCAUUAUUACCAUUAUGUUUGCAGCAGCCUUUACCGUUCCAGGUGGUAACGACCAAAACACAGGCUUGCCAAUGUUUCUGCAUAAAAGGCUGUUUAUGCUCUUUAUAAUAUCUGAUGCCUUGUCCCUCUUCACUUCCUCAACUUCAGUUUUGAUGUUUUUAGGAAUUCUCACGUCACGUUAUUCCGAAGGUGACUUUCUCAAGUCUUUACCAACAAAGAUGAUAAUAGGUCUUUCCACGCUCUUUUUCUCCAUUGCAACGAUGAUGGUAGCCUUUUCUGCUGGUCUUUUAAUUAUGCUACGUGACCAAUCAUGGAUUGUUGUUCCUAUAAUUUCUUUGGCUAGUGUUCCAGUCAGCCUCUUCGUAUGGAUGCAGUUCCCUCUUCUUGUUGACAUGGUCAUGUCAACUUAUGGACCAGGAAUCUUCGAUAGUAAACUGAAGAUUGUCAUUAACUAGUUCACUGAAAGUUGUUGCAGAUGUGUGCAGUAUCGUGUUUAUAAUGUGUUCCACUAAUCAUCGGCGCGGCAUACCAUCCAGAUCAACCGAUGAUUGUUUGCUUUUUUGGGAAGGAUGAAUGAUAAACAU